AAUCAUUCAUCAAAAAUGGCGAAUUUGAGAAGAGCUCUGCUCAACAUCUCUCGAAUCCUCAGAUUACGGCCUUCUGUGAAUCACAACGUCAACCCGCCAAUUCAAUCCGCGUCUCUCUACAGGCCUUUAGUUGGUUCGUUUUCUCGUUUUUGUUCUUCUAAUGAAUCGGUAGACAUUGAUCUCUCCAACGAAGAAAGCAAAAGGCGCUUAUUUAACAGGCUGUUAUAUAGGAGCAAGCAAAGAGGGUUUCUUGAGCUGGACUUGAUUCUGGGGAAAUGGGUGGAGGAGCAUAUCCAUUCUAUGGAUCAAAAUGGGAUUAAAUCCCUUGUUGAUGUUCUUGACCUGGAAAACCCAGAUUUGUGGAAGUGGCUCACUAGCCAGGAGCAGCCCCCUGAGAUAAUUACCACAAAUCCUGUUUUCUCUGCAUUACAUGAGAAGGUUAUGAACAGCCUUGACAGCUAUGCUGCUCCUGAGACGAGGGCAAUACCUGGACAACAAUGGGUAAGAGGAUGGGAUGAUUUUAAGAAAGGAAAAGACAGCCCUAUAUCUGGGAAUCAGUAAGCCAUACCACUGCCUCGAUGCUGGAACAUGUAGUGAGUUAUGUUCCCCUGUAGCUAAUAAUAAAGAGUGUCAUUUGUGAUUAUAUCUUAUUGUCCUUGUAGUUCAGUCAUCAGUGGUGAUCCUAAUAUAAAUAAGAGCUAGCUAUGGUGAAGCCAAGAGAAGUGACAUUGUUUAUUGUAUGAAAUGUGGUUGUGCUUCAAAUGCCAGAUCUCAACCUUGAAAAGUUAAAUCCCUUCUUUCUUAUAUACAUAUGAGUUUCAAUGUUGGAUUGAAA